ACACUGAUGUGUGCGUAUAUAAAUAUUCCCCUCCUUCAGGCAUAGUGGCUAUUCAGAAAGACUUAUGGCAGGUCUAAGUGUAGUACUUGAAGGGUAUGGAGAUAUUGGUGGUACCAAAAGAAGUAUGACUUGUACUACAUCUUCUUCCUCACAUAUAGUUAACAAAGCCAGUGUGACAAUCAAAUCCAUGGCAACUAGUACUUAUGGGUUUCUUGAUUCUUGUUUUCUUUGCAAGCAGAAGCUUUUACCUGGUCAAGAUAUCUUCAUGUACAAGGGUGAUAGGGCAUUUUGUAGCAAGGAGUGCAGAUGCAGGCAGAUUUUUAUGGAUGAACAAGAGACUAUAAAGACAAAGCAAAAAUAUAACAGUUAGUUUUAUCCUCGCAACAUUUUGUUUUGACUAUUGUGUUAUGUUCUUAGAUAAAUACAAAGCACAAUAGAGGGAAAAAA